AUGGGCACGUUCGUGACCCUGGCGGAGGUGCUGGAGGCCCGGGGGUCACCUCUGGAGGAGGAUGAGGUAUGGUGUCUGCUACUGGGCACCGCCGAGGCCUUAAUGGAAAUCUCUCACAAAGGUCCUGGUAACAUGUGCAGUGUACUGAGCCCUGGCUCAGUGCUGCUGUCAGCCACUGGGAACCUUGCUUUCAAGAGCUGUCCCCGGUCAGAGAACCUUGGUUCCUUCACUGCUCCAGAGGUACAGGAGGGGCACGCUGCCUCCAACAGGACGGCCUCGGAGAAGAUGAUUGUAUAUUCCCUAGGAAUGACCCUCUUCUGGUCCGUUGAUUAUCAACUACCUCAAAACCAGCCCAUUCAACUGAGUGACAACCUGAAUAACCUCUUGCUGAGUAUGUGUGAGGACACGGUCCACAGACGAGCAGAUCUUGUGACCGUGCUGGAGACCUGUGAACAGCACAUCAAGGCUGCUCAACUACCCCUACCAGAGAAGCUCAUCAGACAGCCAGUACAAGAUGUCUUCAGGGACUCUGUUGAUCAUGUGUCCAUGGCUGAGAUUGGUCCUCAACUUACUGACCGGAGUCAGAUGGUCAGAGAGAGGCUUCACAGUCUCUCAGGAAGUGCCUCGUACCAUAACUCCACCUGGGCACUGAGAAACAGAAGCACCCCAACAUUCCAAGCUGAGCCUCCCAGAAUUCCCCAAGGGUCACGUCACAGAGAGAGUUACUGCAGUUAUCAGUCACGUAGCCCCUCUAGUCCGUACCUGGAUGGCUUUCGCCGUGGCAGCGUCAGACCUGUACCAUACACAUAUCUAAAUGAGUCCACGGUCAGCCUUAAUGAAAAGAAAGCCAAGGAUAUGGGUCCUGAGUUCAUUCGAAAGUUAAACGAGCCUCUGGUUGUCUUGGAGCUGCCCGGAUCCAUUGUGUCAAAGAAAGGGAUCUCCUCCUCUAUGAGGGAGCUGAGUGUGGUCAUGCCAAACGGACAGAGCAUCCUGGUCAAGUGCGACGUCAAGUCAGGAGGAGGGGAUGUCUUUGAUAUGAUUGUUGCCCACUCCAAUCUGGUGGAGCACUUCUACUUUGGCCUUGCUUACAUUGAUGACCAUGAGUUUUUCUUCCUGGAAAAUGACACAAAGAUAUCCAAGGUCGCCCCCGACAGUUGGAAGAAAGUGCCUGCCUCCACGUUUGUCCUUUUCUUCAGGGUGAAAUUCUUUGUCCACGACAUCUCUCUCCUUUUGCACAAACUGACUCGUCACCAGUACUACCUACAGCUGAGGAAGGAUAUACUGGAGGACAGGUUGGCCUGCCAUGAAGAGACAGGCCUAUAUCUGGGUGCCUUGGCUCUCCAAGCUGAGUAUGGAGACUGCAUACCUGAGGUUUAUGGGAGGAACUACUAUCGACCAGACCAGUACGUUGCCAAGAGCGUCAUGGAGAAAAGAGCCUUGCCUUACCUAAAGGAGGAAUUGCUACGGUUACAUGUCAAUAACUCCACGAUGAGUACUGACGAGUCCGAACUUGAGUUCCUAAAGGCCACCCAGCAGCUUCCUGAGUAUGGCGUUCUGUUCUACCGCGUGGGUCGCGAGAAGAAGCCAGUCAUCGGAGAGCUGAUCUUAGGAGUGUGUGCCAAAGGAGUCAUAGUGUAUGAGGUUAAAGAUAGUUCUCGCUCCACGAGUCAGACAUUCCACUGGCGGGAAACGGCCAGUAUUUCCUCCUCUCGCCGUAAAUUUGUCAUCGAGAGCAGAGGGAGCAAGAAAAAGCACACCUUAGUCACAGAGAGAUCCAAGACGGCCACGUACCUGUGCAACCUUUGUUCUGCCCAGCACAAGUUUCACAAUGAGAUGAACUCUCGCCAGCUCAGUCACAGUCUGGCCUCAGAGGAGAACAUAGUGCAGUAUGCGGCAGUGUGUCGGGCUCAGAACAGCCGUAGCCAGAUGAACAGCCAGGUGAGCCGGUGCUCUGUCUCUGAGACCAUACGGACAGACAGCGGUCUGACCACACCGCAGGACGACUCCAUGACCAAACUGUGUGAUGACAUUGCCGCCAAGAUCGAGGCGCGGAUCAAACAGCAGCGUGUCCUCCACGAGCAGGGCAUAGGGAGACCAUUGUCCGGGAACCUGUCACCAGCCCUGUCUCGUGGGUCUGGGAAGUGUGGGUCUGAGGCACCGUCCAGGUCUUCAGCAGCCAGAGAUACCCCAACAAAGAGUGUCAUACCAGAGAGAGAAGUCAUUUGUGUGUCUUUAAAGAAAGACCCGAAGUACGGCGUAGGUAUUGUGAUAGUUGGAGAAGACACGGUGGGGAAGUACGACCUGGGUAUCUUCAUAGCGUCCAUCGUGCCGGGGGGACCAGCGGAUAAAGAUGGCCGCAUCAGACCAGGUGGGCGUCUGAUCUCUUUGAACCACACCAGUCUGGAGGGCAUGACCUUCAGUGAGGCUGCAGAGGUCAUGCAGAACAGCCCACGGGAGGUCACACUCAUUGUGUCCCAGCCCAAAGUUUCCUUGACACCCAACAGCGUGAGAUCUCCGCUAUUGAAGAACUACGAGUCCCAGACCACUUUGAUGACUGAUGUACACUCUGGGGAGGACGACCUGGAUGAGAUCGUGUCUGUCAUGUUGACUCCAAAGACUGGCAGUAGACUGCAACUCCCUGACGUACGCAUCCUCAAUGCUCAGGAUGGCUCCUUCAGGGCUCCUUCCAUGAACUGCUUCAGGGGUGAUGAGAUAUCUGUGGAGCUCAAGAAGAAUGCUGGAGGAGGGUUAGGGAUCAGUAUUGCUGUUGGUGUGACCACAGGCCUGCGUCAUGGCGGUGUCUUCAUCAAAAGCCUAGUCUGUGGAGGGGCUGCUGAGCAAGAUGGCCGCAUCCAGUCAGGUGACAGACUGCUGGAAGUGGAUGGCAUCAGGUUUCAAGGGUUCACACAUCAGCAGGCUGUGGAAUGUCUGGCGAAAACAGGAGAGGUGGUGACCAUGGUCUUGGAGAGGGAGAACAUGACCCUGCCCAGGGUGUCUCCGAGCCCAGACACAGGGCGCAGUCUCCUGGGGCGCAGCCUGUCUCCCCGGAGUGCCCACCUGGACAUCACCCAGAUGAGGAACAACAGCUGCCCCGCCAUCAUCACCCCCUUCUUCGUCAGGCCCAAGGACUACAGUUUUGUGUCUGACAAUAACACUCUGGAGGUGACCUUGAAGAAGAGCCAGAAUGGCUUGGGCUUCAGCUUCCUGGUCCCUGAGCUCAACCCCUCAAAAGGAGACUCAGGCAGUAGUCUUGUCCGGAUCAAGAAGCUUUUCCCUGGCCAGCCAGCGGAGGAGAGUGGGCAGAUCCAGGAGGGUGACGUCAUCCUGGCAGUCAAUGGAGAAUCGCUGAAGGGAUUGUCCUACCAGAGGGUGGUAAUGCUGCUGAGAGGCUCUUCUCCUGAAGUCCGGUUGUCUCUGUGCCGUCCUGCUCCAGGAAUUCUGCCUCCCAUUGAAACAUUGCUUCGCACCUGAGCGAUGUAACAUCACAGUACGUGAGCACCAACAGAUGUUCAGGAAUAUACUUCUUGAGAGACAGACAGGAGAUGU